ACUGUCGCACUCAGUGCUCAGCAACACUGCGGAAAUAUCUGUGCUCCUGCUGUUCCCUUUUUUCAGUUAUGAAAAACCUUCAUUUCAAGGACUACUUUUGGAACUCUGACCUGACCAGCACAGCAGGAUAUGAUGCCAUUAUCCAGUUCCUCGGGGAUGGCAGGAGGACAUGCAAGGAGGUGGAGGACUUCAUGAAAGCUAGGGCAGCAAUCGAAGAGAAGUACGCCAAAGAUCUCCUUGGUUUGUCCAAGAAGGUGUGCGGUCACAAUGAAAUGAACACACUGAAGAGAUCCCUGGACAUGUUCAAACUCCAGACUGAACAUGUGAGUCUGUCGCACCUACAACUGGCACAGACCAUGAGGGAGGAGGCCAAGAAGCUGGAGGAUUUCAGAGAAAAACAAAAAGAGGCCAGGAAAAAGAUCGAACAACAGAUGGAUGUUAUCCAUAAACAGAAGGCGUCGCAGUUCAAGAAAACCAUGGAUUCAAAGAAGACCUACGAACAGAAGUGUCGAGAUAAAGAAGAAGCCGAUCAAAAUGUGAACCGAAACACCAACACCAACAACACCAAGCACAUAGAGAAGCUCCACUCCAAAGCGCAGCAAGCUAAACAGAAUGCAGAAGAAGCUGACAGGAUAUACCUGCAGAAUGUGACCACACUGGCAAAAAUUAGUGAGGACUGGAUGAAGGAACAUGCCAAGGCCUGUGAGAUGUUUGAAAAACAGGCCAUGGAGCGGAUCAGCAUUUUGAGGAACACAGUUUGGACUCACCUCAACCAGCUCUCCCAGCAGUGUGUUACCAGUGAUGAGCUGUAUGAGGAAGUGAGGAAGUCGCUGGAGCAGUGUGACAUCCAGGAAGACAUUGAACACUUUGUAAACCUCAGACAGACUGGCGACAAACCACCAGCCCUAGUUGUGUAUGAAAACUUCUACAGUGGCCAGAAAACUCCAGGUUUAGCCCCGCCCCCGAGACAGCUCCCUCCAUUCGGCAGGAGGGGACCAUUACCUACUCCAGCCAAUGACAGCAGAGAUGAUACAAUCUACUCAACAGUGCAAGAUCAGGGGUACAGCGUUAUCCGCUACUAACACAGACCUGCCGGAGAAGUCAUAUGAUGUGCAGUGCUGUAAUUUAGCAUGAAGUUUACACGCAUUAAGUGUACCAGAUGACUAAUUCUUCACUGUCUGUCCUAACUGUGUAAAUAAGUACCUACCUAUUUUAAUGGUAGGGUAACACUGAAGACAUAACUGUGUUCUAAACAGUACAGUAAACGUUUGAUGGUAAGAUAUUUCUUACAGUGAUGCAGAUCACACAGUGAAUCAACACAAAACAAAGUAGUAAUCACAAAAAUAGUGACUUCCACAUAAUAAUACAUUUCAGAGAUCAUGGCCACAGUCUGUAGAGCAGGCCUAAUGAAGUGCACACACAUGGAGAAGCUAAGUCAUUUCCUGAUUUAUACGUUGAUGCAUGCUGUACAAGAAUAUUUAUUCAGCAAAGCCGCACCUUACUUUAUACACAAAUAUCUAUUUAUUUUUGUGUACACGUUACAAAAUUCAGCCUGUGAUUUUCCACAGUUUAUGGAUUAAGGAUGUAAUGUGUCAUCUGUUUGUCUGUUUUCAUUUCCUCUUGGUUAUUGUGAGCGCAGCAUGUAGCGGUCAAGUGACUGACACUGGUCUCAUGACUGGAAGCUACUGUUACGGCUCACUCAAACGACUUCAUUUAGUCACAGUGUAGUCGUGUGGAUUAAGGAAACCACAUCGUGGCAAAAAUAAAUCCUAAAAUACAAAGAAAAAAUACAAACAAAACACAUGCAAAGAAUUUCCACUUAACUCAAAAUCACUUUCCUUCAUUCUCCUGCUGAGCAAGGUUGAAAUGCUAACCAGAACAUUUCAAUAAUAAUGUGCACAAAUUUAGCUUACCAACACCCAAGAUUGACAUUACAGUAAUUAGAAGUAUUUUACGUGCAUUUCCAUAUACAGCUCUGUUCAAACACACAGAGGACCGUUGUUAUUGCAAUAAUGGCACUUUUACUUCCUUUUAUUUAUGCAUGGUUAAGCACACAUUUGAUUUGUAGAACAUGCUGUAAACCAGAGGAGUGGCAGGUCAGGUCGGGUCAGUCACCUGUAUCCCUGGGUGUGAUGACAGCUUUGGUACUUGGGCUGAAUCUCAUAGUUUGGCACAAAUUCUUACGUGUGCCUCAGUUUCUCGUUAAUACAAGCCCAUAUGUGCUGGAAAGUUUUCUCUUCACCUCUUCCUCUAUUCUCAAACAGAAUCUGCAUUUGUCAGCCAUGCAGCGUGUGUUACAUAACAGCAUCUUUUCUACAUUGCAAAUAAGGACACACACACACACACACACACACACACACAAGCUGUACAGAGUAGUUAUAGAUGGUACUCUCAUUUUAUAUAAAAAGGACUACACCAGUGAUUUUGAAUGUUUGGCCGCUUUACUACAAUUUGCCCAUGUUUUACAUUGCAAUAAAUCACUGUGCAGAUAUAGCAGGGAUACUAAAAGACCCAAAUUGAAAUUCCUCAAUUUUCAAAUUUAAAUUUUUGGUCAAAACACCCACAUUGUCGUCACCAUU